CUACGCUUAUAAUCCCCAUAUUUCUAACACUACCAGAGAAGAAAAAACCCGAGAAAAAAAUGAGCCGAGGAAAGCACACCGCCACGUUGUGGUCAACUUUCGAAGAUGGCCAAGGUGACGACGAUACAGAAUCUGACUCCGAUGGGAAUCUCGAGACAUACACCUAUAACUACAAACGCGAUUAUGAUUAUCAGACAGAAGAAUUUUGGAAACUCUGGAAUGAGAAGAUUGCCUGUUGUCUUGAGUACAUGACAACAGAGCAAUUGAGCCAGCGUAUGACGACUGGCCGGUAUCCUCUAGGCUGUGCCAUACAGUAUGCAAAUACUGAUACCAUCAGCCUCAUGUUUACGAAAGGUGUUGACGUUAACACCAUUGAUACGAAGAUUGCCGCAACCGCCCUGGAUUUCGCGGCUAUGCAUGGGUGCGAGUCAACAAUAGCAAACUUUUUGAUUUCUAACACCAGACGUCCCUUGGAUGACUUCACUGGGAACCAGAAACGAAAUCCUCUCCAAGCGUCCUGUACACAGCCUCGCUCAUUGGACCUGCUGCGUCAGUUGCUUGCUGCAGGAGCGAGCUCUACGUUGCCGGAUCGAGAUGGCGCAAACCCACUCAUGAUGGCAGCAGGAUCUGGAAAUGUUGGUGCACUAAAAAUUCUAUUGAAGCAUAAAGUGCCGACUGACACCCAGAGACUUGGCUCUGGCUCUACUGCUUUACAUUGCGCAGCUGUUGCAAACUCUGCUGACUGCGUUCUCGCCUUGUUAAAAGCCGGAGCAAAGGUUGACAUCAAGAGCGAAGCUGGAAAUAGUAGGCAUAGCACGCCUUUGCUUUUCAGUGCUAUCGCCGGACAUUGGGACAUAGCUGAGAUUCUUAUCAAACAUGGAACACCUCCGUCAACGUUUGAAGUCAGCGGUGGACAAUCCAUUAUUCACCUGGCAGCUUCUGCUGGACAGCUGCAAAUUCUACGUCUGAUACUAGACCAGCCAGAAAAACCUGAUUUGAACGCUAAAGACAAAGAUGGAUUCACGCCACUGCACCUUGCUGCUUCCAAGGGCGACGUUUCCUGCUUCCAGUUGUUACUCGACAACGGUGCAGUCCUCGAAACUGGCACAGAAUUGAAUGGGGGAAUCGAGCACUCUGCCGUGGCUUCAGUCUCAAAUGACGUAAGAAAGAUUCUGCUUGACCACAAAGUUUCAUGGCAGUCCCCCUCACUAAUGAAUGUGAAUCGCAUCGACUACAUGGAGGUUCUUCCACUUCAUCGUGCUGCGAUGUUAGGAAAUGAUAGCUGUAUUCACUUUUUGAAGGAUAAUGGUUUCAUCAAAGCUGUCGAUGUCUUGGCAGAAUUUGGGAUGACGGCGCUACAUUUCGCGGUCUAUACAAACCAAUUUGAGACAGUCAAAAUCCUUCUUGACAUGGGGGCAAACGCAGAAUCAGUAGAAUCCCGAUAUGGACGGACGCCUCUGAUCACAGCUGCAAGAUGCAAUUCAACGCAGGCUCUCCAAGUUCUGCUGGAUCAUGGGUGUGAAAUCGACGCAGCAGACUCCUCAGGAAUGACAGCGCAUAUGGUUGCCAUAGCGAGCAGAAGCUCAGAAGCGGUUGCCACUCUCAAGAAAUACUUAGCACGUAGCGACAGGACCUUGGACUCGACUCCACUAAUCCGCCGACAACCUCAGGCCAAGAAUGUAUCAUUUGCUCCUGGACGUUCAUCAUCGCCGAAUGUCCCAGAAAAUUCAAUCAGAAUACAAGAACUACUCGAGCAGCUUUUGGAGGAGUACAAGCCUAAAUCUACACGAAAUAUUCAAAGUCCGGUCUCUCCUCAAGGCGUGAUCGUUGAAGAAGAAGAAGCCGAAUCGAAAAGGGUGCAAACCCAAAUCAUGGCAACAGAGAAUGACAUCCCCAUGUUGGGAACUGAAGGAGAUAGAAGUAGCAUUGCGGUAAGAUUAUGGAGCGCAACACUCAAUCGAGAUGCCUUUCUUGCAUUAGUCGCGGUGGGCGUUUUGGGGCUUUUGAUUUGGGUUGCCUUUCUGCUUCAUGGAGUGAACAAGGAGAUUCUGGAUAUCAGAAGGUCUGUACACGCGGAACUAUAACAUGAAAAGUAGCAAUAAAAUUCUCCCGUUGGAAAUGACUGUAAAGAGGCUAGUCUUGAUUUCAGGCAUUAUUCAUG